AUGGUCUCAAUGCGCGACGACCGCUCGCAUUCGUACCUGGCGCAAGUGCCUCUGACGGUCUCGCCCUUCGUCACGCUCCCGACCGCCGCGACGCUCCCCUACACCUACAAGAGGAUGCCGUCCACGCUCUCGCCGCCCGCGAGCGGCAUCACCGGCGCCACGGACGAGAAGCCCAAGUACGUGAUAUCACAAUCGGGGCACGCCGCGCACCCAGACGACAUCGUCGCCUCGUGCCGCGCGCUGCAGGCCCACAUCACCAAGAUGCAGGAGGAAGCCGCGCGGGAGCUGCGGGAGUUGGACGACCGCAUACGCGAGCGCGAGCUGGCCGAAAAGCGUAGGGUCGCCCCCGGCUGGCUGGACAGCGAGGCCCGGCUGCUGGAGCCCGUGCGGAAACCGGGGACUGAGGCCGAGGUCGCGGGCUCUUUCGCCGAGAUGAGCCUUGCGGAGCGCGAGGGCGCAAGCGAGAUGGCCGUCGAUCAGGGGGAGGAGCUGGAUCGUGCGUUUGGUGGCAUGAGGUGA